AUGGCUCAACAACAUGGAGAAGUUUUUGAUGCUACUCAGUGCCCUGACAAGUGGAAGGUCAACUUUGCAGUCUUUUAUCUGAAAGGACAAGCUGAUCUAUGGUGGAAAACUGCAAAGGAGAUGCAUGAUCAACCGGGAUUUGGUUGGGAAAAGUUGAAAGAAGCUAUGAGAAGACAGUUUUAUCCCCCGUCCCUGCAACUGCAAAUGGAGUCUGAAUUUAUCCAUCUGAAACAAAGGAGCAUGUCUGUAUUGGAGUAUGCCGUAAAGUUUAAUGAGUUGGCUCGAUUCGCUCCUGACUUGGUAACUACUGAUCGACAGAGGAUGAACCGCUUCGAAGGAGGUCUAAACCUUGAUAUCCAAGUAAAGUUGGCAGCACACAUGAGUAGCUCAUACCAAGAGCUAUAUGAUAGAGCUAUAAAUGUUGAGAGAAAAACGAAGCUGCAAAAGGAGGUAUAUGAGAAUGGGAAGAGAAAGGGGAACUCUCAGGGAGGCCAACCAAGCAAUGCUUUCAAAUGGCAGAACACGGGGUACAUGGGGAACAACAAUGGUCAGAAACAAGUUCCUCGUUGCAACAAGUGUAAUAAGUUGGGCCAUAUAGCAAGAGAAUGUCGAUGGGGAAGCGAUCAAUGUUACCGUUGUGGUAAGCCAGGCCAUGUAAUUAAGAAUUGCCCUCUUGGUGAUCGUGGAAUUGGAAAUGUCACCAACCGUGUCCCAGUGGGAGAUCAAAGAGUUAUGCAGAAUUCUGGUUAUGGUGGCAACACCAGCAACAACAGCAACAGAUACCCUCCCAGAGGACCUCCUCAAGCUGGAAGAGUGUUCAUGAUGCAAAGAGAGGAAGCUGAGGCUGAUGACACCGUCAUUACCGGUACCUUUCCUGUUAACUCUAUACCGGCUUAUGUUUUAUUUGACUCUGGAGCUUCUCAUUCAUUUAUAUCUACGUCAUUUGCUAAAAGAUUAAAAGCUAAAUCAUGUCCUGAAUUCUCAUCCAUGUUUAUCACCUUUCCAAAUGGUGAAUCUGUUCCAUGUAAAAUCCUAUAUAGGGAUUGUCCUAUCCUCAUAGAGAAGUGUGAAUUCCUCGUGGACUUAGUCCAGUUUGACCUGACCGACUUUGAUGUGAUUUUGGGAUGGAUUGGUUGUCUAAGUAUAAAGCCGACAUUAACUGCCUUGAUCAUGAGGUUUCCCUUAGAAGACCAGAUGGAUGUAAAGUUUCCUAUCAAAGAAGAAAAGCCAAGCCCGAAACCAUCUCUUCUGCGAAGGCUUUCAAAUUACUAG